CUUUCCUCAUCUUGCUUCUUGAAGUUGAAUUUCUGCUCUCUAUUUUUUGUUUUAAAUUUUUCAUAUACGCCAUAUAUAUUUUUCUCCUUGGUCACACCACACCAUAAAGGAAUAAUAAAAGAAAAAGCCAAUUAAAGGGAGCAAGCAGCAAACACAGAUUUCUCUUUUAUUUAUUUGUAAUCCUCUUUUUCUUUUUAUCACCCCACUUUCUUUUUUUAAAGAGUAAGCAAAUGGUUUACCAGUACAUUGAGCGCACGGCAAUUCCAGCCUGGGGUCCCCAACAGUCCGAGCCACUGCUAGCAGCAGGAACAGUGGCGGGUGCAAUGGACGCGACGUUCAGCAAUACGUCCUCUUUGGAGCUCUUCCGGCUGUCGACAUCGGAGGACACGGCGGCGUUGGAAGCCGUAGGCAAGGCCACAGCAUCGGCGCGGUUCCAGCGACUCGCGUGGUCAGGCAAAGUCGAGUCAGGCUCGCUGGGCGUCCUCGCUGGAGGCCUCGAGAACGGCGACAUCACGGUAUGGGACCCAGCCAAGAUCCUCUCAGGCGAGGAUGAAGCAGCGGUCCUGCACUCGAGCGCAGCGCACACGGGGGCUGUCGGUGGACUGGAGUUCAACCCGUUCCAGGCCAACCUGAUGGCGUCGGGCGCGGGCAACGGCGAGGUGUUCAUCUGGGACAUAGUUAGCGAAUUCAAGUCGUACUCGCCGGGCGCGCGGUCGCAGCGCAUCGAGAAUGUCACGGAUUUGUCGUGGAAUAACCAGGUGCAGCAUAUUCUGGCCACGGCCAGUGAUACCGGCGCCCUGGUGGUGUGGGACCUGCGGUCGCGCCGCGAGGUCAUUGCGCUUAACGGGCCCGGAGUCAUCGGCAGUCAGGCAGGCGGCGCACGCGGGGGCAUUUCUGCAGCCGUAUGGAACCCGGCGUCAGCCACGCAGAUUGUCACGGCGUCCAGCGACGACAACAACCCGGUGAUUAUGCUCUGGGAUCUGCGUAACGCUAACGCGCCCUCGCAGACAUUUGCCGGCCACCAGCGCGGCAUUCUAUCGCUCUCGUGGUGCCGCAAGGACCCAGGCCUGCUGCUGUCCAGCGGCAAGGACAACCGCACGGUGUGCUGGAACCCGGCAACUGGCGAGAUCGUCGGCGAGCUGCCGCCCAGUAACAACUGGGUAUAUGAUGUGCAGUGGAAUCAGGCCAACCCCAACCUGCUCAGUGGCGCGUCCUUCGAUGGCCGCGUUAGCCUGUACUCGCUGGCGCGCGAGGGUGCUGUGGAGGAGGCUGUGGCGACUGACGACCCGUUUGCGCCGCAGUCGACGUCGGCGUUUGCGCCGUCCCUGUCGCUCAAGCGGCCGCCCAAGUGGCUGGCACGGCCAUGCGGCGCGGCAUUCGGGUUUGGCGGCCAGCUGGUGCACUUUGGCCAGCAGCAGCAAGGCGCAUUAGUCAGCAUUACGGAGUUUGUGUCGGAGCCUGAGCUCGCGCAGCAGGCCAGGCAGCUGGAGGAGCUGCUUCAGGAUGACCGUGCGGCUGAGCUGUGCCGCGAGCGGCUCGAGCAGAGCCGGGGGUCGGACCAGGAGCGCUCGUGGCAGGUGCUGCAGAUCCUGUUUGAGUCCGACGCGCGCGACAAGCUGGUGCGCUUCCUGGGCUUUGACAAGGAAGAGGUCAAGGGCCGGAUUGCCGAGCUGAUUAAGGCCAAGCGCGCGGUGACGGAGGCAGAGGAGGCUGUGGAGGCGGCAGCGGCGUCUGAGCAGGCUGCUUCUGAGCCCGAGGCUGAGGCCGAGGCCCAGAGCGAGGACAGGUCUGAGGAGCAGGAUUCUGCCGCAGAGAACCCGUUUGCCAGCUCAAUAUCACUGGACGCCGAUGCCGACGACUUCUUCAGCAAACCGAUCGAUGUGUCGGCCAUCGACUCGACAGCAGCCACGGUCGGCUCCGCCGAGCCAUCAGUGAUCGAGUCCUCAGCCGAUGCGUCAGUGCGCGCGCUGCAGCUGGCAUUCUCCGGCCCGUUCCACAUCUAUGAUAAGCGCAAGGACAUUGCGCUGGAGGAUGCCGACGGUCUGAUCACCCGUGCGGUGCUCCUUGGCGACAUCGAGGCUGCCGUCGAGCUGUGCAUUGAGCAGGAGCAGUUCGCUGACGCUCUGAUCCUGGCGACCUGCGGCAGCGCCGAGUUGGCGCAGCGCGUGCAGCAGGCGUACUUUGCCAGACGCGCACAGCAGGCGUCAUAUGUGCGGCUGUUGCAUGGGAUUGUGCUCGGCGACUUGGGCGAUGUCGUCGGGAAUGGCGAUUUGGACGAGUGGGAUCAGAUUAUGGCGCUGCUGUGCACGUAUGCGCAGGGCGACCGGUUCAGCACCUUAUGCGAGCAGCUAGGCGCGCGGCUCGAGCAGGCCGGGCAGCUGGCCGACGCCGUUCUGUGCUACCUGGCGUCCGGCAAUCUGGACAAGGUAGCGCGCAUCUGGAUUGCGCGCGAGCAGGCGUUAGUUGGUCUCCAGCGGGUGCGCGCUCUCCAUGCGGUAGUCGAGAAGGUGUCGGUGUUCCGCAAGGCCGUGCAGUUCGUGGACCCGGCGGUGUCGAGCGAGGAUUCGCCAGUGUUUGAGCUUGGCGCGCUGUACGACGCGUACGCUGAGUAUGCUGCGUUCCUCGCUUCGCAGGGAAUGUUCGACAUUGCCGCGCGCUACUUGGAGCGCACUCCGGCUACAUACCGCUGCUAUUUGCCCACGGGCGAGGACGCGCUGGCUGCACUGCGCAACCGCUUGGCAAUUUCGCCCGAUGUGCCUUGGACGCCGGCUCCUGUUGGCGCAGACUAUGAGGCCCAAGAAAAGGCUGCGGCUCUGGCGCAGGGCCAGGCGCAGGCGCAGGCACUGGUGCAGCAGCAGGCCCAGAUGCAAGCCCAGGCUCAGAUCCUCCAGCAGCAGAAGCAGCAGCCUCAAAUGCAGGCCCGGACCCAAAUCCCUCAGCAGCAGCAGCACCAGUUUGCGGCCGCCAGCAAUGUCUACGGCUCUGCACCCACCUACGGCAUGCCUGGGGCGCAGCACUACCCAAGCGGGCCAGCAUACGGGAUGACGCAGUACGCGGCAGCCAAUACGUUCCCGCCGCCGCCCCAGCCGCUGAACCCAGCAUCAAUCCCUACGGGCAACACGCCGCCGCCACGCCGCGAGGAGGCCGCAUGGAACGAUCCGCCAAUGGUGGCCAAGCCUGCGAAGCGUGCAUUGCCCCCGGCCGCCGCUGCCAUUGCUACGCCGUUCCCCCAGGGACGCGGUACUCCGCCCCCGGCUGCAAUGACGCCCUUUGGAGGCCCACCGCCGCCUACGGCCCAGCAACAGCAGCAGCAGCAGCAGCAGAUGCCGCCGAGGGGCGGCUUUGUGCCGACAGCCAAUAAGCCUCUGCCUGCGGCACCGGCUGUGCAGAUGAUGCAGCCGCAGCAGCAGCAGCAGCCUGGUUUCAUGCCUUCGACGCAGCAGCAGCAGCCCGGCUUCAUGCCAUUGCCGACCCAGCAGAUGCAGCAGCAGCCCGUCUCCACGCAGCCGACGCGCGGCCAGGUAGUCUCCGCAACACCCGCACAGGGCGCCACACCAGUGAACGCCAAGUCACCAGUACCACAGCAGCAGCAACAGCAGCAGCAAACCACCAAGUACCCAGCGGGCGAUCGCAGCCAUAUGCCCGCCGAAUGGGUAAAAAUCGUCGGUUCGCUGGGCGCUCACUUGGCGCGGGCCAAGCAGUUUGCCGCGCCGGCGCAGAAACGCAUGGUAGAGGAUGCCGACCGCAGACUUUCGCUUUUGUUCGAUCUGAUGAAUUGCGCCGAGGUUAAGCCUCAGCUUGUUGCCGGCUUUGAGCAGCUUUGUGCGGCGCUGGAUGCUAGGCAGUUCCCGCAGGCCUUGCAGUGCCAGGCGGAGCUGAUGACUUUGGGAUCGGAGAUUACAAGCAAUUUGGUUGGUGUCAAACACUUGAUCAAUGUGCUGAAGACGCUGCCGAUGUGAGAAUAUUAAAAUUAAAUUAAAUUACAUUUUUGCUUGGCUUUGUUUUGUUUUGUUUGGCCCCCUUCCCCCGUGAUAUGGGAAUGUGAGCCCAAUAUACGAUUCAAAAGUCCAUUUUCGCUUCUUAAUUCUUUGCAAAUAUGCACCUGGUUUUUGGCAGUUCGGUGUUUUCUAAUUUUUCAUUUAAUUCGUU